UCUCAGAUCCCUCAGCUUCAAUGUAGCCGUGCUAUGGAGAGCUCAGCAUGUCCGACGUACUGGAGCCAGACUUUCUCACCGCACUCGCUGCACACUUUCCAGAGGCUGGCUUCGUCACGAAGCUCCCCACUGCGAGGCCCGGAUAUGAAUAUUUGGCCCUGGUGCAGCGUGUGCAUCAAGGCGUCUCCCUGCAGGUCACAGACUGCGAACAGGGCCUCUUCCGUCAGAGCCUGGACGCGCCAAAGCUGCAGCAACUCCGGAAGGAUGCAGGUAUGGCAGAGUUUGCGUGGCCAACUUUCCUUCGCCUACUUGCGCAGGCGUUGCGCAGUGAGGAUGGAUGCACCACGGCCGUGCCAGCUGACGGGGUCUUCAAGUCAAAGCUCUGCUUGGAGCUCCGCUUUCGCUUGCAGUCUGCGGUGCUGCUGGCUCGCAUGGAGAUGGAGGCUGCAGCCACGAUGCCGGCAGUUCCCCCAGAGGCACAAAGUUUCCUGCAGGAGUUGCGUGGCUUCGUCAUCAGCGCCUUGGGAACCGACCGUGGACAGCCACGGGAGCCGCCCGCGCCGUCCACGGCGCCAUCAUGGCACGAAGCCCUCCUGGCCACGCCGCCCCGCUCGAUUAGUGCGCCGGCAGCUCUGGGGCAGGUCUCCAGCCCAGAGCCACGAGCAGAGGUUCUGGCUCCAAGGCCUGCUCCAGUGAAGAAACGUGCUCCCGGCUCCUUGGUUGACCCACACGGCAGGAAAGCACGAAAAGCUGGAGCAAAGCCGUUUCAGUUGUCUGAAACGUGAUGGCUGUGACUGCCAUUGUAUUGUCCUGGUCGCUUGUCACAAAGUUGACAGAGGGAGAAAAA